AUGAAGACCUUCGUCGCUGCCGCCGUCCUCGUUGGCGUCGUCGCGGCCCAAUCUCUCUCGGAUCUUCCACCAUGUGGUCAAACCUGCAUCAACAACAUGCUCGGACUCGCAGGAUCCUUGGGCUGCCCCGAUGUCAACGGUUCCCCUGAUGUCGCUUGUCUAUGCAAGAAUCAGAACUUUGGCUAUGGCAUUCGCGACUGCGCAACUCAAGCCUGUCCUGGCGGUACCGAUCUGACUCAAAUCAUUGCCUUUGGUAACAGCUACUGUGCCUCGGUUGCUUCCACUGUCUCCGGUUCUCUCGCCGCCACCUCUGCUCUGACUGCGUCUGGUACUGCUACUGGCCCUGCUGGAUCUGCAAGUGGUGUUUCGACCUUGUCUGGCGGUGGUGCUGGCGGCUCCGGUUCUGCCACUGCGACUGCGACUGGAAGUGGAAGUGCAACUGAAUCUGGCUCUGGUGGUGCUGGGGUUUCUUCCACACCGGUCUCGACCGAGACGCUCUUCAGCACUUUCACCACCGAUGGAAGCACAAUUACGAGCGCAAUUGGAACUUCGACCAUCUUUAGUGCCAUUGGUGGUGCAGCAGGCUCGGCCGCUUCCGGUGCAUCCAGCGCUGCCUCCGGUGCGUCGUCAGGUGCUUCGUCUGUUGCAUCUGGCGCGAGCGCUUCAGCCUCUUCACUCGCUUCAUCCCUUUCCUCUAAAGCCGCCUCCGCUUCCUCUGCUGCCUCAGGAGCCGCUGCAUCUGCCUCGUCCUCUGCAGCUUCGGUCGCCAGCUCCGUUUCUUCUCAUCUUUCAAGUGCAACACACUCAGCCGGUUCUGCAGCCGGAUCCGCAGCUGGCUCAGCUACCUCGGCCGCUGGCUCUGCUGCCUCAUCCGCCGGUUCUGCCGCUUCGUCUGCCGCAGGCAACCCUGCGCCCAUGGUCACUGUGGCUGCUAAUGGGCUCGCUGGCAUCGCUGGUCUUGCCGCUGUCAUGCUGUUGUAA